AUGACAGCACAUCCAGGCCAGUUCCUCGCUGGUAAGCGCAUUGUUGUCGCCGGGGGAAGUUUCGCAGCGCUAUCCUUCAUACUUGCUUUAGAGCUUUUAUGGAACCCCUCCCUCGAACGCCCCGAAGUCAUCGUAUACGAGCGAGAUGAUCGCGACAAGUCCAUCGAAAAAGACACCUACACCCUUAACAUCAAUGGCGCCAGCCGCGAUGAUGGGCUGGUCGCGAUUCAACAACUAGGCCUACUGGAUGAGGUUCGUAAGCACGCGACACUCAACGGUGGCGACAUUCGCGUGUGGUCCGCCAACUGGAAGUGGCUCUCAUCCAUCAACCCAACUGCCUACGGCAAUCUCCCCGCAGCCACCAUGCGUAUCACACGCGGAAACCUAAAGCGCAUCCUCGUUGAAAGAGCCGAAACAACUAAGACAACCUUGAUCUGGGGAUUGUCCUGCACGUCGGCCGAAAGACUUUCCAGUGGAAAGAUCCAAGUCACGAUCUCGGACGGCACAAUACAGGACUGCGACCUCCUCGUCGCCGCGGACGGCGCAAACAGCAACAUGCGAGCCUGCUUCCGACCCAACGACAUGAGGACAGAAUAUGCCGGCGCAACCCAGAUUGGCGGCAUCUCGCGUCUCCCCGCCGGAGUCCCCAAGCCCAUCGACAAGGAUUUCGGCCUCCAAAUGUCCUCCGGUGAAGGUGUCUGUUGCAUCUACAACCCCUUUGACAAGGAAACUGUUGCCUGGGCCGUCAGCGCGAUGGGUCCUGAACGGGAACCCAAAACCAACUUCAGUACAGAGGAAUUCGAAGCCUUGAAGAAAGAGGCCCUGGAGACGACUCACAUGUUCCAAGAACCCUUCAAGACGGUCGUCGAGGCCACAAUGCCAGGUACUGUGUUCAUCCGACCCGCCAAGGAGAAAUUCGCUUUCCAGCACGAUGGCAGUCUCAAGGGUGUUAUGUUCAUCGGUGAUGCCAACCAUAUCCUCAGUCCCUUUGAGUUAGUUGGUGCAAACUUGGCGCUGAAGGAUGGGUGGGACUUGGCGGAGCAGAUUUGUCGCAACACCUCCAUGGAUGCUGCGGCUGCUUCGUAUGACCGGGUCAGUAUCCCUCGCUUUGAGCCUGUUUUCAACUUUUCGCAUGAGCGUAUCGGUUUUGGUCAUUCCACUGGGAAGAAGUGGUUGUUUUACAAAUAUGGUAUGGCUGCCCAGAGGGGCUUUAAGCAGGUUCAUUAG